UCCACAACAACGUUUCAAAACAUGGCCUCGCAACAAGGAGGAGGUGGAGGAGAGCGCAGGGAAGGAGGUCGAGAAGGAGGACGAGAUGGAGAACAGAAAGAUAAGAAGAGGAAGGAAUCCAUUCUUGAUUUGAGCAAGUACUUAGACAAGGCUAUAAGGGUCAAAUUUUCUGGUGGACGUGAAGCUUCUGGAAUCUUAAAAGGAUUUGAUCAGUUGUUAAAUCUUGUGCUUGACAACACCAUUGAAUAUCUAAGAGACCCAGAUGAUCCCUACAAACUAACAGAAGAUACAAAGGAGAGAGGGUUAGUAGUAUGCCGAGGAACUGCUGUUGUUCUUAUAUGUCCAAUGGAUGGAUGUGAAGCCAUUGCAAACCCAUUUGUUCAACAAGAGACUUAGUUAUAUUAUUUUUCAAGCGAUAUCUCCCUAGCAGAACAUUUAUACAAUUUGUACCUUUUCAUAUGGUAUUUUAAUAUCUAAAAUUAAUUUUAUUUAAUGUUUUCAAGUUAUGUUGGGGUAAGUGUUCAUUUUAGUUUUUUUAAUUCUUCUAAACCAUGACAAGUAAGAGGCAGACUAUGAAUAAAAUGUUAUGGAAAUACUGUGUACAACCAUUAUAUUUUGAAUAUUUGUUCUGAAUAAAAUAAUUCAGAAGCUA